GGAAAGAACAGGCUGCAGGGAUCUCAGUAUACACUGCUGUUGCAAUGUGGAUCCAUCGUGGAGGCAUUACUGUGUAUUAGGAGCUGAGAGGGAGGCCCAAGAAGCAGGAAUGGAGAAGGAAGACACAGAGCCUGCAGAGGAGAGAUUCCAGGAAAAGGCUUCGGACGAGGAGAUCUUGCACUACGAACAAAACAUCACGGAAUUGUCGCUCACCGUCAUCAACCUCCACGGCAAACUUGAACACCUGCAACACCAGAAGGCCAGAAAGGAUGAGGACUUUUCUGACCUGGGUUCAGAAUACAUGGCGAGCCUCCCCCGGUGUGCUCCGCUUUUCCCAAACGUGUCAUUGGCCCUGCCACCUCCGGUUCACAUUGAGGAAGGCCACGCUGACCUCUUCCCUGAUGUCCACAAAGCCAUGACGUCUCUUGAGAAUACCGUUUUGACCUACCGGAGCCGUAUCCCAAGCGCAGAACCCAGCCUGGAGGGAUAUGCCAAGGUGGCUGAGAGCCUGGAACAGAGUCUACGGAUGUUCCAAGAAGAUGACAAAGAGCCGCUGUCCCAGCUGUACGAUAAAGCAGAGGCUGGACCCCCACUGGAUGAGAGGAGCUGGUACAAGAGAGAAAUCAUCAUGUAUGAGCAGAGGAAUGCUGCCCUAAGAGUAUCUCUGGAUGUGAAGGAUGAGGAACUCCACCGGUCAAAGACCACCCUCUGCACGUACCAAGAAGAGCGGGAUAAGCUUCAGAGAAAGGUCAAAGAGCUGCAGGCUGCUCUGUGUAAGGUCGAGAAUCUCGCAGGUGGGUUUGGCAGCCCUGCUCAUGAAGGAGAAAAGUGUGGGUUUCAGGACCCAAUAACUGCAGCCCAGAACUUGAUCCGCUGCUUUCAGGGUGCCCCCAGCACCCACCCCAUCCACAGCCUCUUACCCCAGCAGAACCCAAAGCCCAUGGAGACACAAACAAAAGACAUGGAAGGCCAAAUCCUGCAGCUCCGUAGGUUCAUUGAAAAACUGAAAGGCCUGAACUUGCUUCUUUCAGCCACGCUGCAGGAAUGCAAGAACAACUCAGAACGACUCAGCCUGCUGCUAGACCGACAAGAGUCUGAUACCACUGCCCUCCGCUUGGCUGUGCAGUACAGCGAAGAGUGUUUGGAGGCCUAUGAAGUUCUAUGGUCCCUGACCACACCUCAGCAGCAUCCCAGAACUGAGUCAGCAGAGGUUGGAGAUGUCUCCAGAAGAGGUGACCCUGGCAGUUUCUGUCAUGAAAUGAAGGCAGCAGUGAUGGUUGAUGCUUUAAGGUCUUGGGAAGAAGGCUGCGUGAACAGUAAGAGCUCCACAGAGCUGAGAAGUUUGGAGGAGGACAGAAGGAAGGUUUUGCAAGAGUACAUCAGGCACCGGAGGAUAGAACAGGACUCUCUGAAGCUCCCCAUCCCACAGACACUGUCCGGUGCUGACUCUGUGGCAGCCAGAAUCAAUGCAGAGGUCAGAACAAAAGUAGCAGAGGUGCAGAGAGCUGUGUGUGCCGUUGUUCCUGCUGCAUGUCCCAAGAUGGAGAAGUUGCACCUGGUGCAAGGACUGCAGAUGGCCAAGGAAACCUUGGCUGACUUAAAUAUCAGGCUGCAUUUAAUGGAGAAGGAGAAGCGUUGCCUGGAGCUCCGGACAUAUACUCUGAAGGCUCAAGAGGCCGCUUGCUUGUUGAUCAUCCGGAUCCUUCAAGAGCUCUGUGAGUCAAAUCAGGGACAACUGUCUGGAUCUUCCGAUAGCAGUAGCAGUGAUGAAGACAGCAACCUAAAGGACUACAUUCCUACCUGUGUCUCCAAAGGGAACCGCUUCCGUUUAGUUCAGGAUUCUGGUGGACGGCAACCUGCUGCAGAUCCCAAGGCUCAGAUUCCAGACGUUCUUGAUACGUUGGCUCGGAACAGGGAAUUGAACGGUCAGAUCCAGUCGCUUCUAGUUGAGCUGGAGGAGAAACUCGAAGACUGCAGGGCCCAGGAGAUACAGCCAAUGGAGCUCACGAGGGAUUUUUUCAAAGCACACAGCACCCUGGUCCUUGCUUACCGGGGCUGUCCCGUGGGGGAGACUCAUUACAAAGAUGUUGUGCUGGAACUGUGGGAAGACUCAGAGCUCCUGGGUAUGACAGUGCUGCACGGGGAUCCAUGGGAGGUGGGCAAAAAGUUUGGAGGCCACCAUCCCCCCUCUGCCCCACGGACCUCCUGCCCCGUUGGAUGCAGGCAGCUCCAUUCGCUAGGCCACCGCUCCGUCCAGCCCCAACAGAUGUUCCUCCCGGCCGCCUGGGAUGCCAACCUCCAGACCUCCCAGCUAGAUUUGGCAGGUCCUGCCCCCGCCCCACCAGUGCAGGAUGGGGAAAAGGACGGCUGGAAUAUCUUGGGGGAGGGGGUUCAAGGUAGAGUUGUCAACCUUCAGGUGGAAGCUGAAGGUCCCCCUAAAUACACCACUGGCUCACGCCACCCACUUCAGCUUGAGAAGUUCCUGGCGAUUUGGGAGCAGAUCCUGGGGAGGAUGGAUUCGGGGGAAGGAGAUCAGCAGGGAUGUCAUGCGUUGGAGCCCACCCUCCGAAGCUGCAAUUUCCUCCAGGGGAACUGA